UAUUAUUUAGUAGACUUAAAACUCAUAAUUACACCCACAAUCAACCAUACACCACAUCCACAAGUUCAUUGGAUGAUAUAUGAUUGGAUUAAUUAAUAAACCUAUACUGGAGCCCAAAAAAUAUUCGGAGGUCCUCCCAACACAUACACACUCCAAUGGUCGGCCCUGAUGUUUGUAGCAUACAAACUCGUACAAUGUAAUCUUUCACGAGCCAAGCCACCAAACCCCAACCACUUUCUUUCGCCAUAACCGAACCACCGCGCUCAACCCCAUCGCACCGCCCGCCUACUCUUCGCCACCACCUGGCCCCUCAACAAACCCUCCGAUUCCUAGGGUUUCCCUAAUCGGCGACUGCCCCAUGGAACCUUCUCCUUUUCCUCCCGACGCCCCGCUCGACGAAGCUCAUCUCCCGCCGGCGACCGAACCGUAUCCUUCUUCUUCCUCCGGCGUCUGGGAAUUCACCGAUCUCCUCGACUUCAACAUCGACGGUCACUUCCCGCUCGCCUUCAACUCCAUCGACGGUACCGCCUUGGACUAUAUCCCUGAGCUGGAUCCUGGCCACUUGACGCCCGAUACGCCGCCUCCCGACCAGGUCAGGAAGCGGGACCCGAGGCUGACCUGCUCCAAUUUCUUGGCGGGCAGGGUCCCCUGCGCCUGCCCGGAGCUGGACGAUCAAUUGGAGUUGGAGCGGGAGGAAGGCACCCCGGGGAAGAAGCGUCCACGUGUCGCCAGGGGAGGGCCCGGGAUGCACCGGUGCCAGGUUCCCGGUUGCGAGGCGGAUAUCGGCGAGCUCAAAGGUUAUCACCGGCGGCACAGGGUGUGCUUGCGUUGUGCUAAUGCGACCGCCGUUGAGCUCGAGGGGGAGACCAUGAGAUACUGUCAGCAGUGUGGGAAGUUUCACUUGCUUUCCGAUUUUGACGAAGGCAAGCGCAGCUGUAGAAGGAAGUUAGAGCGUCACAACAAUAGGAGACGUAGAAAGCCUGGCGCUAAAGAGGGGACUAACCUGGAUAGUUUGCAAGCUGAAGAUGCUGCUGGUGAUGGUGAAGCUGAAAUAGAGGGUGUAAGCUUGCAGAUUGCUGGCAAGGAAGGUCUGGUUGUGAUUGAAGAUGAAGCCCAUAAAUUGAACAGUGACAGCGGUGCUGGUUCAGCUGAAACCCAAUUGGAUGUCGGAAAUGAUGAUUCUGGUGGGAAGUAUGAUUCCAAAGUGUCGCGCUCCCCUUCUUAUUUCGACAACAGGACUCCUUACUCAUCGUUGUGUCCAACAGGUCGGGUCUCGUUCAAGCUCUAUGAUUGGAAUCCAGCAGAGUUUCCGAGAAGGCUCCGUCACCAAAUAUUCCAGUGGUUGGCCAGUAUGCCUGUCGAGUUGGAAGGAUAUAUUCGUCCUGGAUGUACAAUCUUGACUGUGUUUGUUGCAAUGCCAAAACUUAUGUGGGUGAAGUUGCUCGAAGACCCUCUAUCGUAUGUGCACAAUUUUGUUGUUGUUCCUGGAACAAUGCUGUCCGGAAAAGGCCCUAUGAUCGUUUAUCUGAAUGAUAUGGUGUUCCGAGUUAUGAAAGGUGGAACUUCCGUGAUGCAACUCAGUAUUGGAACACAAUCCCCUAGGCUUCACUAUGUUCAUCCAACGUUCUUUGAGGCUGGGAAGCCAAUGGAGUUUGUUACCUGUGGAAGCAAUCUAUUCCAAUCCAAAUUUCGGUUGCUGGUGUCAUUUGAUGGGAAGUAUUUAGCAUAUGAUUCCUGUGUUGGACUUCCCAGUGGUGGUCCAGAUGGAGCAGCAACCAGGGACCACCAGUUGUGCAAGAUAUCUAUUCCUCAUGUUGAUCCUAAUAUUUAUGGUCCUGCAUUUAUCGAGGUUGAGAACGAAAGUGGUUUAUCGAACUUCAUUCCUGUGCUCGUAGGAGAUCGACAAAUCUGUUCCGAAAUGGAAGUAAUACAGCAGAGAAUGGGAUUAUUAGAUGCAUCUCAUCCACCAACAGGUCUACUGCACUGUGAGGUUUCAGAAACCAGGCAAAGAGCACUCUCGGAGUUGAUUGUGGACAUAGCAUCGUUGUUGAAACCGCCUUCCCAAGAAGAUAUCAAGCAAAAAAAGACCUCUUUUCAGAUCCAAAGAUUCAUACAUCUAUUGCAGUUUUUGCUACAGCAUGAAUCGACCUUCAUUUUGGGGAAAAUUUUGUCCAAUCUGAAGAUACUAAUGGAUGAACUAUGUGUGGAAAAUAAUGCUGAUGACAAGCUAUUACAAAAACACAUUAAUGAUGCCCGUAUGUUUCUUCUCCAACAAGCAAACAGAAGCAAAGGUUUGGUUUCACGGCCAGAGUGUGCUACACAGGACCCUGGUGAUGUAGAUCAAUGUAGCUCGUCAAACAAUUUUCCAUCAGUUGCUGCAUGUUCUGACGAGGACAUAGAGAGUAGACCUGAUAACCGGUUGAGGUUAACGGAAGACUCAGGUCAUGAUGUUACAAAUGACAAGACUCCGCUCCUAAAUGGACGGGCCAUCAAGUCAUGCAGUCUCAUGUUGUCCAACCGGGUAUUGAGGUCACGGCCUGGGAUGUUUGUAAUUGCUGCCAUGGCAGUGUGCCUCGGAGUAUGUGCAGUCCUGCUCCAUCCCCACAGUGUUGGCAAACUCGCUGUCUCGAUCCGGAGCUGCUUGACUGAUAGUCGGUACUAAGACCUUACACCAGCCUAGUAAGCCUUUUUGUUUGUAAAUCUCAGCUAGGUUAAUUUGAAGCUAACAAAAGGCUCCAACCAGUUCGAGUGCUUAAAACCCUUCUCAGUUUGACAAGCCACAUCCUCGAAGCGGACGAAGAAGACUGCCCUGGUUUUUAGCCCCAUGCCGAGGAAACCAAAUUCUUUGUAGGGCUUGCCUAUAUAUUUUUAUGUUUUUUCUCUCUUCAUGUAGAUCUUGGCAGCCAUCAGAGGGUUGCCUUAGUGUAUGUCAUGUGUAUUUUCUGUUAGUUGCUGUCUCCAUUUCUCUCGAGAGGAUAUGAAGCAGCAGUGCCGGGAGAAGAAAAAGGAAGAGAAUACCUUUCAGAAGCCGGAGAGACACUGGAAACCAAGUCUCUGCUGGCUUACUACCCUUUCCAAUCAUUCCGUUUCAUGCACCGACAAUUUUUAGGUCAGUAUAAUUGGAUUCGGUUUCGAUGGGAGAUAAAUGACCAUGAAAUUGUGAAGCAAUUGAGAGGGAGGUCGUUUGGAAGAUAAGAGUCUGAAUGAAUGGUGCUGAAUGGAAGUAUCCCAAACAACUUGUAAAACUUACAAUAAUUUAGCAUUCACAACAAAAAAUGGCAAAAAUAACUAAGGGGUCGUUUGAAAGCUCUGUAGCUGUGUACAACUUUGACAUAUAAAGUGUCCAAAAUGCA